GCAUCCCCUCUGCGUCCGUCUCCGAAGCUCUUCGGGGAUGUUCGUUGUCCUGGUUGCCAUGCCGACCGGCCGCAGCGCGAUCAGCUGAUCCUGGAUGUAAACAAAGCGGCCAUGCAUCACCGCCGCGGACACGGAGAGUGAAUGCAGCGCUUUCACAGCGAAACACAGACGAAGACUCGCUCUACUCGCAUGUUUCGAGAGGGCACAGCUUCCCCAAGUUGCCUCGUCACAAUAAAUAAACCAUUAAAAAGGUGAAGAAAAGUUACGAGUAAAAACGAAACAACACGAACGGGAGCUGCUGUAACAGGCAGCAUGCACGUUCGCGCAUGCGCACUUCCGGAAGUGUAGUCUAAUGUGCUUUUCGGAGACAUGGCUACACCAGGACAUCCCAGAUGACCACGUUUCCAUCAAUGGCUUCCAGACUGUUUGGGCCGACCGGGGCUGCACUGAGAGCGGUAAGCGCAGAGGAGGUGGGUCACAUUACCAUCCAGGAACGUACCUGUUGCCCGGACACUGAGCUGUUGGCUGUCGGACUCAGGCCAUAUUAUUUACCACGCGAGUGCUCUGUGGUCAGAAUCUGACCACUGAUGAAGAGCUGGAGGAUGUCUAGCAAACUGUGCAUCAACAGAAGAGCUACAGUCUAUAAUUGAUGACUAGCAAGGUAGAGCAACAAGGUAAGUGUCUAAUAAAGUGGAAUACAUAGUGUGCGAAACCAGACAAAGCAGCUGGGCUUGAUACACUGUUACUGCCACCACACACUAGUAACCCAAAUAAUAUUCAUUGGUUGGUGUACCCAAUAAAUUGCAAUUGAAAGGUGUGUUUUAAGUAAUACACAAAUUUACAUGUGCUAAUACUUGUUUGUUUUAUGGGUCUUCUUGAGCUGUUUAUUGGAUUGACAGAUAGAUGUCUUGAGAACAGGUUUCACAAUAACCUUUGCAUUUAUGUUACACAGUUCAUUUACGGCAUUUGGCUGACGCUCUUAUCCAGAGCGACAUACAAUUUGAUCAUUUUACACAAGUAGGCGAAUGCAGCGUUAGGAGUCUUGCCCAAGGACUCUUAUUGGUUUAGUGUAGGGUGUUUAGCCAAGUGGGGGAUUGAACCCCAGUCCACAGCAUAGAAGACAGAGGUGUUAACCACUACACUAACCAACCACACAGUUCAAACGCAAAUUUUUCUAUAGCGUUCACUCAGUGGUUAUACUUGCCAAAUGAGGAAAACCAAGAGGAAUUAUUGAAGGGUUUCAUUUCAAAAUGCACUGAAGAUCACUUAGAAAUGAUAUGACGUAUUUUGAGAGGAGUGAGCUUUACACAUAUGAGAAAUAUCAGUGGCAAUGUGUUUCUCAUUAUACGUCAACUGUGAUUCUUUUCCCAAACUUUUUUAUAUUCAAAAUUGUUGCAAAUGGAUUUACAGCAAUUCGGAAUGACACUCUAAAGCAGGGCUUCUUUGCCUGGAGGUCAGAACCCCCUUGGUCCCAGAGUGAUUGUGAGAGUGGUGCUGCAUGACAUAUACCUUAUCAAACACAGAGAAAAGUGUUUUGAUGAGUGCACUGCUGAAUGGCGCCACCUGCAGGCCAUGGAAUAUAGUCAAUUAUGAAUUUCUUUUGGGUGAGCUUGUUACGGGGGUGGUCUUUAUUGACCACUAUACUUUAAGAAAUGAUUUAAUGGCAGCCAAAAUAAUAAAUAAUAAUAAAAUGUAUACUAGUGUUGUGGUUUGGGGAAACCAGAUGGCCAAGGUUAAGAAACCCUAGAGGACAUCCAAUUUUAAACAAGCCUAAUGAUCAUUUCCUUGUUUCAUUCUUUCCUUGCAUGCACUAUUGAGAGAGUUAUGUCAGGGUCUCUCUUUGCACUUGGUGGGCUACAAGUGGUCUCUACCCCUCCCUCAUAGGAUGGAUUUCUGUGUGUGACAAAAUGUUCUGUUUUUGUGGGAUCCUCAACAUGUGAGUACAAUGUGGCUGUUUUUUACAUUCACAUUCAUGCAAAUCUGAUUGAAUGAAAUAACAUGAAAAUAUUCAUUAACACUUGGCAACACAACCCCUUUAGGUAGUUAACUGUAAUAACAAUGCUUAUUCAAUCUGUAUACAGUUGUGAGAAGAAAAUUGUAUAUCCUUAGAAAUUAUCCAGCGUUUUUCGUAUGCAAGAUUAUAUUUAUCUACAUCAUAUACACAACAUUUAGCAAAAAUAUUUACAUUUAUCUUAUAUUUAAAUGGUUGUGAUAAAAAAACAAAACAGAAGUUAUUUUUAACACAACAAUGUGAGACCACAGGCACUGUGCUCAGAUUUUAACACUCAUCUUUUCAUUUACUCCACUUGUUCUUGACAGAACAUACUAAUUGCAAAAGAAAACAUUAACAUGAUUGAGUAGUUUUACCAUGUUACAAUACAGAAAAAUAGGGGACAUCCCUCUUUUUACGGUACAAAAAAGAACAUCUCACAGACGAACCUCUUGCCCCAAAAAGUGUAAGAAGUUCUCCACAAAUUUAAUGCAAAAAAUUGUUAUUAAGUACAGUAUUUAAAAAAAAAAUACUGAGGCCUUUGUCAAUUUAUGCCUUAGAAGACUCCACUGCAUUACAUUAUGCUAAGGAACAAAACGCCAUUAACAGUAAAACGCAAAAAACAUCCAAAAUGUAUUAUAAUUAUUAUUAUUAAAAACCCAAGCCAAAUCAGCUUUAGCUGGCUUUCAAUAGGGCCAGCCUUAGCACCUCAUCUGAGAGGGAAAGAGAGUCCACGGGUACCGCUCAGCAGAUCUGGUCACUAGAUCAAACACAAGGUCUGCUCAAAUGGCCUUGCUGCAGGACCAGACACAGUGGCCAGAAGGCAGGCAGGGCAUCUGCAGGCAUGGGGGCUUCAAUUUAAGACUUUUUGAGACUGUUUUUUAAUGCCGCUCAGAGACAACAUUAGAAUCACUUCUGUAAAAACGAAACGGCAAAAACACCAUCUCCCCAAUAUUACUCUUACAGGCUUUACCUAUAUCCUCUGACAAGCCAAUAUUUCAAACAAACAUAAAUUAACGGUUUUGCACAAACAAAAAUGUCCAUGCAUUUGAAAUAGGAAUGAAUGAAAUCACUUUUUUCCGCAGUUUUCUCAUAAUCAUGAUGUCUCUGAGUUCAGCACCACCACUCCUGCGUCAGUUACACCUAAAGGUCCUUUGCUGUCAUAUGGAGGUUUUGCUUUGCCUUUUUGGCCAGCAUAAGCGUAGUUCUGGGAGAUUUCAUGGUCUUCCAAAUAUCAACUUAGGACACCCUAACACAUCAACGGAACUGCAGUACCCCCCAUGCAUCCAAGGACAUUAAAGUAAUGUUUAUUCUAAUUCUCAAUUAAAUAUUUUAAACUUAUACUUACUUGAAGUGUCCGGGCGAAAUGGAAUUCACGAUGCAGGUACCUAUAAAAGAGAAAAGACAUUAUUCAGUUAUGCCGGCUGAAUUAUGCUGUUUAUAUGCCGCGUGUGCACAUGUAUACACAAUAAAAAAUGACCAUACUGUUGCACUGUUGCUGUUAUAAGGUGUAAAGGAUGUGCCACAGAAUACUGACUUGGAGAGCUGUAGAAUCUUGCGCAUGUUCAUUUGUGGAGAGAAUGAUCUUACUUUUGAACUGUUAGCAGUGAAGUCGACUUCAUUUUCUCAGAAUUGCUCGAACCUGUAAUACGAAUCCUUCUUUCACUGUUUCCUAAGGCCUUGGUGGAUAGAUUUUCCGUGAGAGUAAUGCCCCAGUUACAACUGUGGACCGUUAAGUGUUUUCUCAGAAAUGACUAGAUGAAUAGAUCCCAGCAGAAGUGUUAGAAACCACAACAAGCAUCAUCCCGUAAACUGUUUUUUCUUUUCUGCAGAGAAUAUGUGUUCUUUUUUUCAUGUAAUUGUGCAAUAGACGCAAUGCAAUUCAUUGAAAAAUAAAGUGUCCGACUUAUUCAUUAUUAUUAGAGCUCUACACCAGAUUUUCUGUAAAGCUGAUUCAUCAAUCCCUACUCUAACGCUGAGCUGAAAUGGGGAGGCCUUUAAAAAGUCACCUCCUAGAACAGAAAUGAACUCACUCCUUUGCUGUGUGCACUUUUUCAGUGCCAUAAAGCAGAAUCUGCAGUUUGUGUUGUUACUUUAUUUAGUUGUGUAUGACACUGUAGAGCUUGUUCUGUUUCACACCUUUUCCUGUGAUAUAUUUCACACAGAGUGCUGCUUCCUGUGUCUCAGUCUCUGUGUCAUAUCAGAUCUACGCUGAAGUCUGGUCUCUACAGUAUCUCUGUUGGCAGCUCAGAAGAUUUUAAAUGCCGUUAAACAGUCAGUUCUAUCUAAAAUAGAGUAUUCUGUCUGAAUAAAUUAUAGGCCUCCUGAAACACAGGACUAAAGUCAAUGGAGUGAUAAGGUAACUACUGAUAGCAGGUAAGAGCAUUUAAUAGAUUUCUUCUAAAACAAUUCCUUGGAGUAUUUUUUAUGGAUAUCAUCAUUUUUAGAUAUUUUCUUGCUUUGUAUAAAGUGAAACAUGCAUUCAGUUUUAUGCAAAAAAUAAUUAAAUAUCUAGUAUACUCUUUAAAAAAUGCAUUGCUAAUGUAAUGUGCUCACGUCCAGCCACACAUAGGUCUAAAGUCAGUAUGUCCAAUGCCAAUUGUUGGCUAGAAGGGUGUAAAGGGAGUGUGUAAAGUGAAACUGUAUUUUCUAAUGCUCUUUUUCAUGGAGCUACAAAUGGGUUUAUUUUUUACUUGUUUGAAGCAAAGUUUCUUUAAAUGUAUAAAAACCCUCCAUUUCACCUGACCCCAUUAAACUUUUUCAUUUUUCAUCGCCAGUGUUGCGAGAUGUCAAACAUUGCAGAAGUUUUGCUGAAUACUCUUCAGAACCUGUUGGAAAAGGACCUGGAAUUAUUCCAAUGGCAUCUGAUCAAUGGUCUGGAUAGUUUAACCUGCAUCCCAAAGUGCCUGCUGGAGAAGGCAGAUAGACAUGACACUGUAGAUCAGAUCGUGCAAAGAUAUGGACACAAUGGAGCUGUAGAGAUCACACUGACCAUCCUGAAGAAGAUGAACCAAAACCAAGUGGCUGAGGAACUGAUGACUGAGCUGAGAAAGGGUAGAGACAGAUGUGAAGAGAUACCUGGAAAACGUUCCGCAGUGUCCUCCACUGCAGUUCAGACUGGAGACUCAGAUGCUCUCGCUACAGGAGAACACCUUGACACCAAAAUGAUACUGAAAAAGCAAUACAAGACCAAUUUUAUUAACUUGUAUGAAGGAACUUCACUGGAAGGUGAUUAUGUGCCUUUAGAAGACAUUUAUACUGAACUCUACGUGAUUGAAGGCUGCACAGGAGGAGUGAACACUGAGCAUGAAGUGAGACAGAUAGAGGGUUUUUAUCCCAAAAUAGAAGAAAAACCAAUCAAGUUCAGUGACAUUUUCAAGGUACAGUCCAAUCAAAAUGUGCUUGGUACUAAAGUACUUACAUUGGGAAUAGCAGGAGUGGGAAAAACAGCCUCUGUACACAAGUUUAUUCUUGACUGGGCUGAAGACAAAUGCAACCAGGAUUUAGAUUUCAUUCUGUUUCUUCCCUUUCGGGAGCUAAACUUGAUCAAAGAUGAAAUGUACACCCUCACAGAACUUUUAUUUUAUGUUCAUCAUGAUCUCCAAGAUAGUAACAUAAUGGAGAUAUUAAAUGUUAAUUAUAGCACUGUUUUCAUAUUAGAUGGACUGGAUGAAAGUAAAAUAUGUCUGGAUUUUAAUCAAAAGAAACCAUCUAGAGUGCAAGAGAAGACCACUGUUGAUAAACUAAUAACAUAUCUCAUCAAAGGAGAGCUGCUUCCCUCUGCUCUCAUCUGGAUAACCUCCCGACCUGCAGCAGCCAAACAGAUUCCACGCAAGUACUUUAGGCGUGUUACAGAAAUACGUGGAUUUAAUGACCCACAGAAGGAGGAGUACUUCAGAAAGAGAAUCAAAGACCACGAUAAAGCCAGCAGAAUUAUUUCACACAUAAAGACAGCAAGAAGUCUUCAUAUCUUGUGUCACAUUCCAGUCUUUUGCCGGAUCUCAGCCACUGUGCUUCAGGAAAUGUUGAAGGAGGGCAGAAAUUUAAAAAAUGCCCCUAGAACUCUUACUGAAAUGUACACCCGUUUCCUGCUGUUUCACACAAGUCAAAAGAAUGAUAAAUACAGCGCAAUGCAGAACAAGAACAGCACAGUUUCAUCAUCUGAGAGACUAGGAAUAGAGGGCAUUCUGAAGCUUGGAAACUUAGCCUUUCUUCAGUUAGAAAAGGGACAGCUCAUAUUCUAUGAGAAGGAUCUGAAAGAAUGUGACAUUGAUGUUGAUGAAGCUGUAGUGUACUCUGGAGUUUGUACACAAAUCUUUAAAAAGGAUGAGAAGAUCUUCAGCUUUGUCCAUUUGAGUUUCCAGGAGUUUCUUGCUGCCGUCUUUGUGUUCCUCACAUUCAAAGAUAAAGGUAACCCACUCCUUCAAACCACACUGGAGAAAAUAAAGUGGAAGUUCACACAUAAACUGGGUGAUCUCCUCAAGACAGCAGUGAAGAAGGCCAUUAAGAGUGAAAAUGGACACUUGGACCUUUUUCUCCGUUUCCUCCUCGGCCUCUCUCUGUGUUCCAACCAAAGACUUCUCAAGAGUCUACAGCCAGAAAUGGACGUCAAAGAAGAAAGUUUGGAGGGCACUGUAGACUACAUUAAAAGAAAGAUCAAGAAGAUAGGAUCCUCUGAAAAAAGCAUCAAUCUCUUUUACUGUCUGAGUGAACUAAAGGACAAUUCUCUCACAAGUGAAAUUCAGGAAUACCUGAACUCAGGAGAUCUCUCAAGACAGGAACUCUCAAAUACACAGUGGUCAACUCUGGUGUUUGUGUUGCUGAUGUCAGAGGAGUCUCAAGAGAAGUUUGAGUUGAAAAAAUACAAACCAUCAGAUGAAGGACUGUGGAGACUAUUGCGAGUGGUGAAAAACACAAGACAAGCUCUGUUGGAUCAUUGUAAUCUGAGUAAGGAUGGCUGUGAAACUCUCGCAUCAGUUCUGAGUUCAGAUUCAGCAUUGAGAGAGCUGGACCUCAGUAAUAAUGAACUGCAGGAUUCAGGAGUUGAGAAGCUCUCUGCUGGUCUCAAGAAUUCACACUGCCAACUUCAGAUACUCAGACUAGCUUUGUGUAGUCUUGGGAAAAAGACUUGUGAAUAUCUGGAAUCAGUUUUGAAACUGGAAAACUCCUUAAAAGAGCUGGACCUCAGUCACAAUGACCUGCAGGAUAUGGGAGUGGUGCUGCUCUCUGCUGGACUGAAGGAUUCACACUGUAAACUGCAAAUUCUCAGAUUAUCUGGUUGUAUGAUCACAGAGGAAGGUUGCUCUUCUCUGGCUUCAGCUCUGACAUCAAACCCCUCACACCUGAAUGAACUGGAUCUGACCUACAACCACCCAGGAGAGUCAGGAGUGAGGCUACUAUCUGCUAGACUGGAGGAUUCACACUGCGCACUCAACACACUUAGAGUGGAACAUGGAGGUAAGAUCAGAAUCAACCCGGGACCAAAGAAAUAUUCCUGUGAGCUCACUCUGGACCCAAACACAGCACACACACAUCUUUCUCUGUGUGAGCAGAACAGAAAGGUGGUAUGCGUGAGAGAGCAGCAGUCGUAUCCUGAUCAUCCAGAGAGAUUUGAUGAGUAUCAACAGGUUCUGUGUAGAGAGCGUCUGACUGGACUCUGCUACUGGGAGGCGGAGUGGAGCGGGUGGAAAGCUGCUAUAGCUCUGACAUAUAAAUCAAUCAUCAGGAAAGGAAGCAACAAUGACUGUGAUUUUGGAUGGAAUAACAAGUCCUGGAUUCUGUACUGCUUCUCUGAUAACACUUACUCUGUCUGUCACAACAGUGACAAAACUGAGAUUCUUGCCCCUUCCUCCAGCUCUAAGAGAGUAGGAGUGUAUGUGGACUGUCCAAGCGGGACUCUGUCCUUCUACAGCGUCUCUCCUGGCACACACACACUGAACCACCUACACACAUUCAACACCACAUUCACUGAACCGCUCUAUGUGGGAUUUAGACUUUAUGAUGCUGGCUCCUCGAUAAGUGUGUGUGUUUAGGAUAGAAUAACCUCCUGAGUUUUCUCUACACUGAUCAUGAAUAGAGGUGCUCACUUUCAAAACACUGGUUGCUGUGAUGUAUCAGGAGUGCGAGGUAGAGGCCCCUCGUCUCAGACGCUGGUGGGGGCUUGAAAGUGCAGUUCAUUCAUGAUAAUUGUGUGGUGUAUAUAUAUAUAUAUAUACACGUUAAGUGACUAUAAUUUAACUCCAACCAUCAGUCUUACACCUCUUGAGAGAAAUAUGUAUGAAAGUGCAUAAUCUUCACAUGUACAGUGUUUUUAAAAAAGAAACCUACAUUAUAUUACGCUAUAAUGCAGAGUCCA